UAUCAAAGAAUAACAAUUUGUUUCCAUUGGAGAAUAGAACAAUUGUUCGGCUUUUUUUCUUCUCUAAAAUCGGUCAAUGGUUUUGGUAGAAAAGAAAAAUUCUAAAGUGAUUCAUCCGUCGGUCCAACGUAUUCAGUUUGAUUUACUUUUGUUGUCACAGUUUUACUGUGAUUUAUUGGAAUUAAUUUCGUCGUUGGAUUUUCAUUUGGCUAAUUUGGUUAUUCGUUUUUUGUUGUCAACUUGAUCAAUGGAGUCGAUUAGACAAAUUUUACUAGAGGAAAAUGUUCCCAGAGAAUUAAGUGAGUCAGAAAUUGAGAAAAUAGCGGGUGAUCAAUGUAUAUCUAAUUUCCAUCGGGCCAAAUUGGAACGUGAGGCUAAAAAGAAUUGGGACCUUUUCUAUAAACGGAAUAGAGAUCAUUUCUUUAAGGAUCGACAUUGGACUACACGAGAGUUUGUUGAGCUAAUUACGGAGAAACAAAUUGAUUCCAAUACGAUGGCUGACCAAUCAAUCAACAAUAAAGUUCUUCUUGAGGUUGGAUGUGGUGUUGGAAAUUUUGUUUUUCCACUGAUUAAAAGUGGAUAUAAUUUCUUUUUUCUUGCUUGUGAUUUCUCCCCGAUUGCAGUUGAUUUACUUAAAACUAAUCCACUUUACGAUGAGAGUAAAUGUAAAGCUUUUGUCGCCGAUAUUACAAAUGAAUCAGUUUUUCUUGGUGAAAUUGAGAGAAUGAAUUUUCUUGGAAAAAUUGAUCUAAUUAGUUUGGUUUUCGUUCUGUCAGCUAUUUCUCCUGACAACAUGGAUUCUGCUGUUGAUAACAUCUUCAAGGCUCUUAGUCCUGGUGGAAUUGUUUUGUUCCGUGAUUAUGGUGUUUUCGAUCAUGCGAUGAUCCGUUUCGCUGAUGGUCACAAAAUAAGUGAUUACUUUUACGUUAGACAAGAUGGUACAAGAGCUUUUUAUUUCACAAAAAAGAAAGUGUUGGACAUUUUCACAAAAAGUGGGUUCGAAUUAAUUUCUAAUGAAUUUGUACGAAAAGAAACUGUCAACAAAAAAGAAGGUCUAUCGGUACCCAGGAUCUUUAUUCAAUCCAAAUUCAGGAAACCUUUCGAUCCUCAAGAACAAUGAAU